UGGUAACGUUUUGGGGUUGUUGGAGUGGCUGGAUUUUUCCUGGAAUUGAGCAUUAAAUUCAGAAGACUGAAGCCCAGGCUUACUGUCUACCUUUCACGGAGGCCAAGCCGUGAGAGGACAGAGGAAGGAACGUGGCGAAUCAUGACGGCAGAUAAAGAGAAAGAUCGUGAUCGGGACAAGGAGAGAGAGAGAAGGGAUAAACGAGAGAAUGAGCAUUCCAGGCCGCGUCGCAGCUGUACUUUGGAAGGAGGUGCUAAGAAUUAUGCAGAAAGUGACCACACUGAAGAUGAAGAAAACGACAAGGACAGUGCUACUAAUGAGGAUGCGGGGAAGAAGUCAAAAAUAAAGAAACCACCGAAAAAGAAAUCGCGUUAUGAGAGAGCAGAGACCGGUGAUAUAACUUCAUUUGUAACAGAGGACGAUGUUGUCUACAGGCCUGGAGAUUGUGUUUAUAUAGAGAGUCGUCGCCCCAACACACCUUACUUUAUCUGCAGUAUCCAAGAAUUCAAACUGGCUGAAAUCUGUGCUCGUCAGUCGUCUAAUGCCCAUGGAAGACUUCGUAAUCUACUACCUGAACCAAGCAAACGGGACCACCUGUUAAUGAAUGUCAAGUGGUACUAUCGUCAGUCAGAGGUGCCAGAUUCCGUCUACCAGCAUCUGGUUCAGGAUCGACACAACGAGAAUGAUUCUGGCCGUGAGCUUGUGAUCACAGACCCAGUAAUUAGGAGUCGGGAACUCUUCAUUUCGGAUUAUGUAGACACCUACCAUGCAGCAGCACUCAGAGGGAAAUGCAAUAUUAUACAUUUUUCUGACAUAUUUGCUGCCAGAGAGUUUAAGCCACGACCGGACCAAUUUUUUUAUAUACUAGGCUAUAACCCAGAGACAAGGAGGCUGAAUAGCACGCAGGGAGAAAUCCGUGUGGGGCCCAGUCAUCAGGCUAAACUUCCAGAAUUGAAGCCUGUUCCCCUGUCCACUGGUGAAAUGGUAACUGAACAUGAGGAGCUGGUCUGGACACCGGGUGUCAAUGAUUGUGAUCUUCUUAUGUACCUAAGAGCUGCCAGGAGUAUGGCUGCCUUUGCAGGGAUGUGUGAUGGUGGAUCUACAGAAGAUGGCUGUCUUGCAGCAUCUCGUGAUGAUACUACAGUAAAUGCAUUAAAUACUGGGCUGGUCGGAUAUGUCAACACGGUCGCCUACUGAGGAAAUUCCUAAUUGCAAAUUUUCUGUCAAGUACAGCAGUGGCACCUAAUUUCCCACAGGGAAGAGGG